GGACAACAGAUGUCGUUAUCCCGGGACAGACUCCGGAAAACUACGGCUAUUGUCCUAUCCAAUUGUCUUGGGACAGUGUUUUUCCGUAAAAUUCGCAUGUAAAUUUAUGCCGACCUUUGUUUCGAGCCCGGCAACACCGGUGGACAUCCACGGUAUUUUCCACGAAAACUGUUCAUGUUGGAUGACCUACUUUCUAAAAGAACUGUCGAGACGGCAAGCCUGCGUUCAACGUAAAGUGGACCUACGGUGUUAUUAUUAUUAUUUUUUUUUUCAUCCGCAAACCAAAUUAUUCAUUUUCACUUUUUUUUUUUAUCUCUCCCCCUAGUGCGAAAAAAAAACAAAUUAAGUAAAUAAAUCCGUCCGCCGCAUUCGUCGCAACCCUUCGCGUUUCGCCGUCGUAGUCCGUUCCGUCGUCGGAUAGUAUAGCGAGACAUUAACAACGAAAUCGUCAUCCGCCGCCGACGUGUACGUAGAUAAUAGGUAUUUUAUAUUUUUCCGCCGCCGCUGUCGUCCCGGACGGUUGCCGUCCUGUGUCGUUUGUCGUCGCGCCAGUGUUCAUAACAAUACCGAUAUUAUUAUACAUAUAUCUAUGUUAGACGAAGUGAAAAACAAGUGCAAGUGAAUGACGACGAUGGCCUACCGACCUACAUUGCCGCUGUGGUGGCCGUCCGUCGGAAAUGCAUCGGUACGAGCAUGACGGCGCAAUUGUCGGAGUACGCGACGUCGGGCCCGAUGGCUGGCGACGAGAACGGCGGUGGCAGCAGCAGCAGCAACGAUAGCGGCGGCGGCGACGAAUCCGCCGCCGAACGGCGGGUGGUGAUGAUAGCGUUCAAAAUGGAAAACGAUUGCGAUGGCGAAACAACCGCCGGACCGUCGCGAGACGACUCAAACUCGGAACCGCACGCCAUGGUGCUGCAGCAGCAGUCGCCACCACAGUCGUUCUCGUCGGACGGCAAUACAGCUGAUCAAAAGUGCAUGGACCUCAGUAAUUUGAACGAAGAUGAUCAAACAUUCAUUGAAGAUUCGAAGUGCAUGGACUUGAGUCAUUUGAGCGACGAUGAUCCCAAUUUCAUUGAAGGUGGAAACGGCGGCGGAGGAGGAGGUGGCGGCGUGUCCGGUUCCAUGGACGGCCUCCAGCAGUACGUGGCCGUCGGCGGAAACGGCGGCGGUACUCCCGUGUCCGCGGCCACGGCCGCCGUCAACCCGUCGGCCACGGGUUCCGAGCUUCCUGACACCAAGGAAGGCAUCGAGGAACUGUGUCCCGUGUGCGGUGACAAGGUGUCCGGUUACCAUUACGGUCUGCUCACGUGUGAGUCGUGCAAAGGCUUUUUCAAGCGGACCGUGCAAAACAAAAAAGUGUACACGUGCGUGGCUGAGCGGUCGUGUCACAUCGACAAGACCCAAAGGAAGCGGUGUCCGUUCUGUCGGUUCCAGAAAUGUCUCGAAGUCGGCAUGAAACUAGAAGCCGUCCGAGCGGACAGGAUGCGAGGAGGCCGAAACAAAUUCGGACCGAUGUACAAACGAGACAGGGCGAGAAAGUUGCAGAUGAUGCGUCAGCGACAGAUGGCCGUGCAGACGUUGCGCGGCGGCGUGGUCACGUCGGCCGGAGCCAACAACCACCACCAAUUCGCCAUGUUGGCCGGCGACGCGGUCACGCUAGGCCAGUACCCAGGCUCCACCAUCACGUCAUCGGUGUCCAGUUUGCACAUCAAACAAGAAAUUCAGAUUCCCCAGGUGUCUUCGUUGACGUCUUCACCCGAUUCGUCUCCCAGCCCGAUCGCCGUGGCUCUGGGUCAGGCCGGACUCGGGUCUCUGGCCACGGGCGCCGGAGGCACCACGUGUGUGGUCAACCAACACUCGCAAAUGACGCUGCAAAUCGUGGCAUCGGCCAACGGCAACAACAACAACAACACUAGCAGCAGCAACAACAACAACAACAACAACAGCAGCAGCAGCAGCACGGGCGUGACCAACAUGGUCGGAGCGAACGGCGGAGUGCCGCCGUCGCAACACCAGCAACAUCACCAGCAGGCCCAGCAGCAACAACAGCAACAGCAGUCGGCGGUUCCGGCCGCGUCCAUGUUGUCCGUGAACAAAAUGUGGUCGCCACCGUCGUCGCCCAAGAACAACUACCUGUUGUCCGCGCACCAGCAGCAACAGCAACAGCAGCAACACCACGUGCCGCAGCAGCAGCAGCAGCAACAGCAGCAACAGCAGAUGGUGGACGGCGGCGGUAGCACGUCGACCGCCGCGGCCACGACCGCCAACGGCGGCGGCGGCGUCAAAGGCAUGUCGCCCAUGAUCCGGGACUUCGUGCAGGGCCUGGACGACCGGGAGUGGCAGAGCUCGCUGUUCGGCUUGUUGCAGAACCAGACGUACAACCAGUGCGAGGUCGAUCUGUUCGAGCUCAUGUGCAAGGUGCUCGACCAGAAUCUAUUCUCGCAGGUGGACUGGGCGCGGAAUUCGGUGUUCUUCAAAGAUUUAAAGGUGGACGACCAGAUGAAACUGUUGCAGCACUCGUGGUCGGACAUGCUGGUGCUGGACCACAUCCAUCAGCACAUGCACAACAACCUGGCCAACGAGAUCAUGUUGCACAACGGGCAAAAGUUCGAUCUGCUCGCGCUCGGUCUGCUUGGCGUCACCUCGAUGGCCGACUGUUUCGCCCAGGUCAUCGACAGGUUACAGGAACUCAAGUUCGAUGUCGGCGAUUACAUUUGCCUAAAGUUCCUGCUGUUGUUGAAUCCUGAUGUCAAAGGGAUCGGUAACAGUAAACACGUUCACGAAGGUCAUGAGCAAGUGUUGAAGGCUCUGUUGGACUAUUGCAUCACAGCCAACUCUCAAGUACAGGACAAAUUUACCAAAUUGUUGUCCGUGCUGCCCGAGAUCCAUCACAUAGCCACCAGGGGCGAGGAGAGUCUAUACUUGAAGCAUUGUAGCGGCGGUGCUCCGACGCAGACGUUGCUCAUGGAGAUGCUGCACGCCAAGCGAAAAUAACACAAAUCACACAAUAUAUACCUAAACACACCACUCACCACCAAAAUAUCAUAUUUAUAACGAUAAUAGCGUACUGUUAUUAUUAUUAUAAUAAUGAUAAUAAAUUAUUAUUGUUAUAUUUAAAUAUAUAUAUAUAUUUAAACCACACACAACACAACACCCCAAAAACACACUCACACACACAUACACACCCACAUACACACGUGCAACGUCAAAUCGACACCAUCUGCAAUGCGAAGAAGGACAUUCGCACGUACUCCUCGCACUCGUUCACACGGUCGGCCAAAUAUUUUAAAAGACAAAUCCUAUCAUCGUCUAUUUGAGCGACAGCCACGUUACCAUGACAACUAAAUACAUUUUGAGUCAUUACAGAGUUACCAACUGAUCUCGUCGACAGCGUCAUUACACACGUACGCGAUGUUGGUCAAAACUACUCGUACACACCACGUACACUGAUGUACACAUACACCAAUACACAAUUACACACACUUACACAAAUACACACCACAUAAUUAUUAAUAUUAUUUAUUAUUAAUUAUUUAAAUUAUGUUUUUUUUUUUAUAAUAUGUUUAAGAAAAGUAAUCCUUCCGAUGACUAAUGAAAUAAGAGUGCAUAAUGUGCGCCCAAAAAUCCGAUUAUUAUUAAUUAUGUUAU